AUGGCCACUACGCAGCCCAACACGACGCUCUACGUGAACAAUCUGAACGAAAAGGUCAAAAAGGACGAGCUCCGCGCCCAGCUUUUCGUCCUCUUCACCACCUACGGCCGCAUCCUCGACGUCGUCGCCCUCAAGGGCCCCAAGAUGAAGGGCCAGGCCUUCGUCGUCUUCACCGACCUUUCAGGCGCCACCGCCGCCCUGCGCGGCUGCGAAGGUAUGGUCUUCUACGAUAAGCCAAUGCACAUCGAGUACGCAAAGUCCAAGUCGUACGCCACCCUCCGCCGUGAAGACCCCGAGUUCGUGCCCCCGACGUCCGUGCACGUCAAGAACGCGCCGAACGGCAAGCGGCCCAGGGAGGAGGAGGACGCGCGCGAAGCCAAGCGCGAGCGGCCGGCCCCGGCGGACGACGACUCGGACGACGAGGAGAUGGAGAUCGAGGACGAUGAUGAGCAGGCGGCGGGGAAGGCGUCGGCGAGCGGUGCGUGGUGUUUCGGCUGCCAGAUACCCGCGGCUGCCCAACAGCCAUCGGCACGUCUCAUGUGUCUCAAUCUGCCACAAGAAGUCACCGAAGAUGUCCUCUCGGUCCUGUUCCAACAGUAUCAAGGGUACCACUCAGUAUCCGUUGUACUAUCACAAACACCAAGUGCAUCAGGGCAAAAAGCGAAGAUGGCACAUGUCAUGUUCGAUUCACCAGACCUGGCGUCGGUCGCAAAAGAAGCCCUCGACGGUUUCACGCUGAAGAAGGGUUGGGUGAUGUCUGUCUCCUACGUCUAG